CUCAUCCAAACCUUGAGCGGUGUACACGUAGAUACCAAAAUCAUGCAUCAUGUGCAUGCAUGGAAAUAACCAACUUAGCCCUGUUUUUACCUAUAUAAGUAACAAGAAGCAUUGGAUGGAAGACGUAUAUUGAAGAGAUGGGGAUUGUGCCCUCACAGCCAACUAGUGGACAAACAACUAGUAACAAUGCAUCGGAGAAACCAACUGAAGGAGGGCCUUCAUCUACUGCAGCUCCCUCUGAUAAUCAGAAGGUAGAAGUCAAAAACGCUUCUGAUAAUCAGAAGACAGAAACACAAUCACCUGUGCAGACGUAUGGUGAUGGAAAGUCCAAAUGUUGUAUGGUGUAUGCAAAGGAUCUCGAUAUCACUUGGUCUGGAGACACUCGUUACUGGCGAUGGGUCAAAGAAACUAGUGGUGGCAACUUCGAAGCUGCUGAACUGUUAAAUGUGUGUUGGCUAGAAGUGCGUGGAAAACUUUCGACCACAGACCUCUCACCAGGAACUCUGUAUGAAGUUGUAUUUGUGGUCAAGAUGAAAACUAAAGCUUAUGGAUGGGAUGCCCCAGUGAAUUUGAAAUUCACUCCCCCAGAUGGUGCAGUUUCAAGGGAGACGACAAUUAAAUUGACGGAUUUGAAGGAUAGUAAAGAUGAAUGGAAAGAUAUUCCGUUUGGUGAGUUUAAAGCUCCCGCAAAUCCUGGGAACAUUGAGUUUUUGUUGUAUGAAUAUGGUGGGAGAUGGAAGAGCGGACUUGUUAUCAAGGGUGUUGCCGUUCGACCAAAGAGCCAAGUUGCAGAAUAUUAUUGCAAUAACUAGUUGGCCAAAAAAACCUAGUUGGCAUAUGAGCCGACAGAUGAUGAUAUGCAUAUAUAAUAAAUGAUAAUUAAGAACAGAAUAAUGAAGCACUUUUCCAAGUUUUAUAAA